GGCUCCGAGUCGUGAGCUGCGGCUUCUCCGCCGCGGGGAACGCGGCGUGCGCCGGGCCGUGCUGGCGGCAGCGCAGCGUUCUUACAAUGGCUGAGGAUUUGAUAGCAGCGGUUGCCAGCCAGACAAAGAGACUCAACAGCAGCAGCGAGGUGGUUCAAAGGCUAGAGGAAAACGGGCAUCAGAACAAAAGGUUGAAGAGCGAUGCGGAUGAGGAAGAUGCAGAGGAUCAGAAUAAGAAGUCACCCAAGAGGAAGGUUGUGCUGUUGAUGGCAUAUUCAGGGAAAGGCUACCAUGGCAUGCAGAGAAACGUGGGAUCUUCACAGUUCAAGACAAUUGAAGAUGACCUAGUCUCUGCCCUUGUUCAGUCAGGAUGCAUCCCAGAAAACCACGGGGAGGAUAUGAAGAAGAUGUCUUUCCAGCGGUGUGCUCGAACUGAUAAGGGUGUGUCUGCAGCUGGACAGAUUGUAUCACUGAAGGUCAGGCUAAUAGAUGACAUAUUAGAAAAGAUCAAUAAUCAUCUUCCUUCUCACAUCAGAAUUCUGGGCCUGAAGAGAGUCACCGGGGGAUUCAACUCCAAGAACAAAUGUGAUGCCAGAACCUACUCCUACAUGCUGCCAACGUUUGCCUUUGCCCAUAAGGACCAUGAGGUGCAGGAAGAGCUUUAUAGGCUGGACAGAGAGACCCUUGAAAGGGUCAAUAAACUGCUGGCCUGCUACAAAGGGACACACAACUUCCACAACUUCACAUCCCAGAAGGGCCCCAGGGACCCCAGUGCCAAGCGGUACAUCAUGGAGAUGUACUGUGGAGAGCCCUUUGUCAGGGAAAACAUGGAAUUUGCGGUGAUCAAAGUGAAAGGUCAGAGUUUCAUGAUGCACCAGAUCAGGAAGAUGAUUGGGCUGGUGAUAGCAAUUGUGAAAGGUUAUGCUGCUGAGUCCAUCAUGGAGCGCAGCUGGGGAGAGGAGAAGGUUGAUGUCCCCAAAGCCCCAGGACUUGGGCUGGUUUUGGAGAAAGUACACUUUGAAAAAUACAACAGGCGUUUUGGGAAUGAUGGGCUGCAUGAGCCACUGGAGUGGACAGAGGAGGAGGAGAAGAUUGCUGUUUUCAAAGAGCAGUACAUCUAUCCCACCAUUAUCAACACAGAAAGGGAGGAGAAAUCCAUGGCAAACUGGCUCAACACCCUCCCCAUUCAUGACUUCAACUCAUCUGCUGUUGAGAUGCAAACUAGCAACAAAAAUUCAAAGAAGAGCAGCGAUCUCGAAGCCAGCGAUGGUUGUGGUGAUGAUUCUGACUGAGCCAGCGAGUGGCUGGACAUAGGACCCUUGCUGCUUGCACUUCCCUUUGCCUACAAAAAAGUGGCCUUUCUAAAUUCAAGAGUCCAGUGAAACAGGAGUUUGCAGAAUGAGAGCUGGAUGCCCAGGAGAAACUGUGUGGGGAAGACAGUGCAACAGAAAAACCAGAAGCUUUUUAUACCACUGACCGAUUCACCUGACUGAUAUACUUGAAAACAGUGUAGUGGGAAAGCAGCUUCCUAAAAAAAAUCUUGAAAUGCAGGAUAUCUUAAUUGCUAUUUGAAUAAUGUUUUUGUUAUGUUUACUUGGAAAAUAGUAUUUUAAAUAUGUAUAGUCUCUACAUAAAAAUGGGGAAAAUAAUUUUAAUAUACUCCUUUUUAUUAAGAAGUUAUGACUUCAUGAGCUUUUGAUUUUUUAAAAUUAUUUACCUUUACUUAAACUGAAUCUCUAAGCUUUUAUUUUUCA